AUGACUUCCAGUGGUAUCCGCACCUCCGGCUCCUUGAGCUCUCUGAAGGGCAGUGGCAGGCUCCCUGGAGGCAUCAACAUCUCCUCUAUCGAUGUCGGGGGCCGACCUGGGGCUAGAGUCAAGGCUGCCUCCAUGUGCUUGACUGCCGCGUUGGCCAACGUCAACCGCUCCCGCGUUGGCGUGACCCCACUGGGUCGGCCCAGUCUCUGUGUGCCGGCCAGCUGCCGGGCUGCCUGCCCCUUGCCUGGCUCCUGCAACAUCCCCGCCAACAUCGGAAACUGCGGGAAUUAUGGCGAGGGCAUCCUGAAUGGCCACGAGAAGGAGACCAUGCAGUUCCUGAACGACCGUCUGGCCAACUACCUGGAGAAAGUUCGCCAGCUGGAGCGGGAGAAUGCCGAGAUGGAGGCCAAGAUCCAAGAGUGGAGCAAAUGCCAAGCCUCCUUUGUGUGCCCCAACUACCAGUCCUACUUCCGGAUUGUCGAGGAUCUGCAGCAGAAGAUCCUUUGCAACAAGGCUGAGACUGCCAGGCUGAUUGUUCAGGUCGACAAUGCCAAGCUGGCGGCUGAUGAUUUCAGAACAAAGCACGAGAGCGAGCUGGCCCUGCGCAAGCUUGUGGAGGCCGAUAUGAACGGGUUGCACAGGAUCUUGGAUGGGACCACGCUGGCCAAGUGUGACCUGGAAGCUCAGCUCGAGUCCCUGAAGGAGGAGCAGCUUUCCCUCAAGACCAACCACGAGCAGGAGGUGCACACCCUGCAGUGCCAGCUGGGAGACAAGCUCCGAAUCGAGCUGGACACCGCACCACCCGUGGACCUGAACCGGGUGCUGGGGGAGAUGCGCUGCCAGUAUGAGGCCAUGGUAGAGACCAACCGCAACGACGUGGAGCAGUGGUUCACGGCCCAGUCCGAGGGGCUGAGCAUGCAGGUGAUGUCCUGCUCGGAGGAGCUGCAGUGCUGCCAGUCGGAGAUCCUGGAGCUGAAAUGCACCGUCAACGCACUGGAGAUCGAGCGUCAGGCGCAGCACAAGAUGAGAGACUGCCUGGAGAACUCGCUGGAGGAGUCAGAGACCCGCUACAGUACAGAGCUGGCCCAGAUGCAGUUCCUGAUCAGCAACACGGAAGACCAGCUGGCUGAGAUCCGCUGUGACCUGGAACGACAGAACCAGGAGUACCAGGUGUUGCUGGAUGUCAAGGCCCGGCUGGAGGGGGAGAUUGCCACCUACCGCAAUCUGCUGGAGAGCGAGGACUGCAAACUCCCCUGCAAUCCGUGUUCCACUCCUGCCUCCUGUGCCCCUCCACCGGGCACACCUUGUGGCCCCCGCCCGGCAGGAGCCCCCCGCCCGCCCUGUGUCCCCCGCCCAGCCUGUGGAGGCAGAACAGCCCAGCUCUUCCGAGGCUUCAACGCCUAG